AUAACAUUAUGUUGGAGAAACGUUCAAAAGAAAAACCACCCCUCAGGGUGGCGUCGCUGGAGGCCUUGCCCGGGGACACGUGAUGGUGGUUUCCACGUGUCCUCCCAGGCCCGCAUGAGAGGUUUGCGGGUUCCUGGUCACCAACGAAAAAAAAAAAAAAAAAGUUCAGAAGGAAACAUAGAAAAUUCGCAGCAACGCCCGGCUCUCUCAGGAACUUGCCGGAAUUUGUGCUUCACCAUUCACCAUAGAUGAAGAGCCGACACGGCCAGAAGCGAGACUAAGACUGCUGCCAUGGCGACCAUGGAAGUCCAUCGGCAAAUUCUCUCAGCUAAUCCCGCCUUGUUGCAGUGGAUCAACAGCAGCGAGAUGAAAGCAGAUGCGAAGGCGAGCAUGAUCGACAGCGCUAGCCAUCUGAAGGUGGACGAGUCUCGCCUGAGGAUCGACGUCGGAAGAAGGGCUAGGCCGUUGCCGGUUACAAAGGUGAACGUCACGAUGAAUCUCGGGAUGGAGGCUUCACGAUGAUGAUGAUGAUUGGGAUCAAUUCGGGAUGGAUUGUGAUGAAGCGGCGUCUUCAGUUCCAUGGGGAAGAAAAAAAGGGAAGAAGAGGAUCUGCUUUUUCUUCGAGGGUUUCAGACCCGAGAUUGUUUUCUUGUCCAUCUGCACUAGUAUAAAAUAAACAGUUCCCCAGAAUAGGAAUCUUAAGACUUCGAAACUCAAUUGGAUCCACCAAAGAUGAGCCCUUACGCAUUAUUAUUCGAAAGGAAUAAAAGGAAAAAAGACCGAACGAGCUCAACCAUUCCCAACUUCCUACACCCCACUCGAAAAAAGCAAGAAGAAAAGCCGCAUAUUUCUUUAACUCCAUUAUUCCUGCUGUAAACGCACACCGCGCUCAUCACUCACCACAUUCAUCACGAGAGGCGGAGAGUUUGCCGGCUCAGAAAUAUCACCGCCGAGGAUGGUCCCCAAGGUCGAUCCCGAUCCCGAAGGACUUGGAGGGACUUGCGGUUCUAGCAGCGGGGUCAAUGAGUCUGCUCGUAAAGAUGGUGAUAUCAAGAUGGGACCAGGCCACGAUCUCUGUCACCGUGUGACGAUACCGACUAUGCCCGUUGUGUUGGAUGAAUUCACAUCAGAGCCUUCUCAGGCUGACCUCUCAGCUUCUGAUUCUCCUCCAACUGUCGAGUCCUCUAGGCAAUCGCAGCUACUGAGGGAACUUCAUGAAAAAGAAAAAGACAACCCUUCAUGUGAGCACUCCUUGGAAUAUGAUCCCGAUGAGCCGAAUCGGGUGCUCAAUAUGCCUUCCACAGACGGUGAUAACGAGACAGGAGGCAUCCCUUCCUCAGUUCAUGUUCAAGGUGUUCAAGGUGGGCCGCUGCUUCGGCGAGAUUCCUCAUCCCAAGGUGCUGGUCUUGAUGACAGUAAUAUCCAGACGAGAGGCACGCGUUCCUCGGGUCAUGUUCAGCGUGAGCCGAGAUUGGGAGAGUUAUGUUCCUAUCAUCAUGCUCCCGAAGACAACUGGGAGAGAUUGACCGCCAUGGUAGAUCCGUUGCUCAGUGUGAUCGUUCAGAGUGCUUGUUCUCUUGUGGCUUAUAAAAAGAGCGACGGUUCUUCAACAGCUAAGGACGUGCUGUUUUACCUGAUUGUGGCUGGUGACGUGCUUAGCUUCUUAGUAGCUCUCGCUGGCAAAUGGUUCUGCUGCUACAAAAUGAGUGGCAUCGGAUUACUGGCUGCGGCCUUGGCAUUUCUAAUGACCAUGGCUUUAGUCGUCGUCUACAAAAUUGGAUGA